CUACUCGCCAUCGUCAAUUUCCACUGUGUGAAUCCCUUGGAGGGAGUAGUUCAUCGUCGUCGAUAUGAAGCUUCAGGUCCGAGUCGUGGAAGCGAGGAAUCUACCGGCUAUGGAUCUCAAUGGGUUUAGCGACCCUUACGUCAGAUUGCAGCUGGGGAAACAGAGGUCACGGACCAAAGUAGUGAAGAAGAACUUGAACCCCAAAUGGGCUGAAGAUUUCAGUUUUGGCGUCGACGAUUUGAAUGACGAACUCGUCGUCUCUGUUCUUGAUGAGGAUAAAUACUUCAACGAUGACUUCGUUGGUCAGGUUAGAGUUUCUGUUUCCCUUGUUUUCGAUGCAGAGAAUCAAUCUCUUGGCACUGUUUGGUAUCCUCUUAACCCAAAGAAGAAAGGUUCCAAAAAGGAUUGUGGUGAGAUCCUUUUGAAGAUAUGUUUCAGUCAGAAGAACUCGGUUCUUGAUUUGACUUCUACUGGGGAUCAAGCCUCUGCUUCUAGGAGUCCUGACUUGAGACUGGAAUCACCUAUUGACCCCUCCACUUGUGCCUCUCCUUCUAGAUCAGAUGAUGCUUCAUCUAUCCCCCAGACAACCUUUGCCGGUAGAUUCACUCAGAUUUUUCAGAAGAAUGCUAUUACCGCCACACCUACACAGUCCACUAGUAGGAGCAUUGAUGCAUCUGAACCAUCUGAGACCUCUAGACCAGUCUUUUCCCUUGAGCUGUCUGAAGAUGAGUCAUCUUCUGCUUCCUUUGAGGAAUUAUUGAAGGCAAUGGAGUCGAAAGAUCAGGGAAUUGAACCUCCUAGUAAUCUACCUGGUGGUGUUGUUGUGGACCAGUUGUUUAUGAUUUCCCCAUCAGAUCUUAACAUUCUGCUUUUCGCAUCGGAUUCAAGUUUAUAUGCGUCAUUUACUGAAUUGCAAGGGACCACGGAAGUUCAGAUUGGACCAUGGAAAGGUGAAAAUGAUGGCGAGAGCGUUAAGCGGGUUGUAAGUUACCUCAAGGCUCCAACCAAACUUAUUAAGGCUGUCAAAGGCACAGAGGAGCAGACAUACCUCAAAGCAGACGGAGAGGUUUACGCAGUUUUAGCAAGUGUUGCCACUCCAGAUGUCCCAUUUGGAAGUACCUUCAAGGUUGAAGUUCUUUACUGCAUCUCUCCUGGCCCUGAGUUGCCAUCUGGGGAGCAGUGUUCCCGUUUGGUAGUUUCAUGGAGAUUGAAUUUUCUUCAGAGCACUAUGAUGAAAGGUAUGAUAGAGAAUGGAGCCCGACAAGGUCUAAAAGACAACUUCGAACAGUAUGCCAAUUUGUUGGCUCAAAGUGUAAAGCCUGUAGAUUCAAAGGAUAUUGGGGUGAACAAGGAGCAAGCCCUCUCUUCCUUGCAAGCUGAGCCUCAAUCAGACUGGAAAUUGGCUGUACAAUAUUUUGCCAAUUUCACUGUCUUCUCCACUUUCUUGAUUGGUAUUUAUGUAUUUAUCCAUAUUGUGUUUGCCAUACCCAGUGCAAUCCAAGGGCUUGAGUUUAAUGGCCUUGAUUUACCGGAUUCAAUUGGGGAGUUUGUUGUUAGUGGGGUUCUUGUUCUUCAGUGCGAAAGAGUGUUGCAAUUGAUUUCUCGUUUCAUGCAGGCAAGAAAACAGAAAGGCAGUGAUCAUGGCAUCAAAGCGCAUGGAGAUGGUUGGUUGCUAACUGUUGCUCUAAUUGAGGGUGUCGAUCUAGCAGCUGUAGAUCCAAGCGGGCAUUGUGAUCCGUAUAUUGUAUUUACUUCCAAUGGAAAGACGAGAACCAGCUCCAUCAAGUUCCAGAAAUCUAAUCCUCAGUGGAAUGAAAUAUUUGAAUUUGAUGCGAUGGCUGAUCCUCCUUCUGUACUGAAUGUUGAAGUUUUCGAUUUCGAUGGACCUUUUGACGAAGCUGUUUCAUUGGGGAAUGCCGAAAUCAACUUUGUGAGAUCUAAUAUAUCUGAUUUAGCGGAUGUUUGGGUUCCACUUCAAGGGAAACUGGCUCAGGCUUGUCAAUCCAAACUGCACUUGAGGAUUUUCUUGGAUCAUACAGGAGGUGGAGAUGUUGUCAGAGACUAUUUAAAUAAGAUGGAGAAAGAGGUGGGCAAGAAGAUUAAUGUGCGGUCUCCUCAAACAAAUUCAGCUUUUCAGAAGCUCUUUAGUCUCCCACAAGAAGAAUUUCUAAUCAAUGACUUCACAUGUCACUUAAAGCGGAAAAUGCCUUUGCAGGGUCGUCUUUUCCUGUCUGCAAGAAUUGUUGGGUUUUAUGCAAGCCUUUUUGGUAACAAAACAAAAUUCUUUUUCCUGUGGGAAGAUAUAGAGGAUAUUCAAGUGCUUCCUCCCACUCUUGCCUCAAUGGGGAGUCCCAUUAUUGUCAUGACUCUCAGACCAAAUAGAGGAAUGGACGCGAGGAUAGGCGCAAAGACACAUGAUGAGGAAGGCAGGCUUAAGUUCCAUUUCCACUCAUUUGUGUCUUUCAAUGUGGCACAAAAGACAAUAAUGGCUCUGUGGAAAGCAAAAUCCUUGACUCCAGAGCAGAAAGUGCAAGCUGUUGAAGAGGAAUCAGAGCAGAAACUCCAAAGUGAAGAGAGUGGUCUGUUCUUGGGUGUUGAUGACGUGCGAUUCUCUGAGGUCUUCUCUUUGAUUCUCCCUGUCCCGGUAAGUUUCUUUAUGGAGUUGUUUGGUGGGGGUGAAAUGGAUCGAAAGGCUAUGGAGAGAGCGGGUUGCCAGAGCUAUUCAUGCAGCCCAUGGGAGUCAGAGAAGGAUGAUGUGUAUGAGAGGCAGACAUACUACAGAGAUAAGCGGAUAUCACGUUAUAGAGGAGAAGUAACCAGUACACAGCAAAAGACCCUAGUGCCAGAGAAGAAUGGGUGGCUUGUCGAAGAGGUCAUGACACUCCAUGGAGUCCCACUGGGUGACUAUUUUAAUCUCCAUCUAAGAUACCAAAUGGAAGAAUCGGCGUCAAAACCAAAGACAACAUAUGUGCGAGUAUACUUUGGGAUUGAAUGGCUAAAGAGCACUAGACAUCAGAAAAGGAAGAUGAUGAAGAAGGGGAAAGGGAAGAACAGUGGCUUGUUACCGAAUUCCUUUAAGAUUAUAUCUUCUUGCCUCAAAACUGUAUCGGCUAACGCCACCAACGUUGCGUCGUCUGUUCGUUCCGCUGGAGCCUCCGUUGCUGCUUCAAUUUCCGCUGCUGAAGAUGAUAAAGAUCAGGUGACAUGGGCUGGCUUUGGCAUUCUUGAACUGAGUCAACAUGUUACCAGACAUGUUCUCUUACUCGGUUAUCAGAAUGGCUUUCAAGUCUUUGAUGUUGAGGAUGCCUCUAAUUUUAAUGAACUCGUCUCUAAACGAGGUGGUCCAGUUUCAUUCUUACAGAUGCAGCCAUUACCUGCAAGGUCUGGUGAUCAUGUGGGUUUUUGGAACUCACAUCCUCUUUUGCUGGUUGUUGCUGGGGAUGACACCAUUGGCACUGGUUUGGGUCACAGUUUUUCCCAGAAUGGUUCAUUAGCAAGAGAUGGUAAAUCAGACUCUAAAGCCGGGGAUGCCAUCAAUUAUCCUACCACUGUUCGCUUUUACUCCCUUAGGUCCCACAGUUAUGUAUAUGUCCUGAGAUUUCGGUCAUCUGUUUGCAUGAUUAGAUGCAGCUCCCGAGUAGUCGCUGUUGGCCUUGCGAAUCAAAUAUAUUGCUGUGACGCACUUACUCUGGAAAAUAAGUUCAGUGUUCUAACCUAUCCUGUUCCCCAGCCAGUGAGACAAGGGACAACCAGGGUUAAUGUUGGCUAUGGUCCAAUGGCUGUAGGUCCAAGGUGGCUAGCAUAUGCGUCCAAAAGUUCCAUGACCAUGAAAACAGGGCGCCUAAGUCCACAGACUUUCACGUCUUCACCCAGUCUCAGCCCAAGUUCAUCAUCAGGUGGAAGUAGUUUUAUGGCCCGUUAUGCCAUGGAGUCCAGCAAGCAGUUAGCCAAUGGAUUAAUCAACCUGGGGGACAUGGGAUACAAAACAUUGUCAAAAUACUGUCAAGAUAUGCUCCCUGAUGGAUCUACUUCUCCAGCAUCACCAAAUUCAAUCUGGAAAGUUGGUGGGGUUACUGGAUCUGAUGCAGAGAAUGCUGGAAUGGUUGCUGUUAAAGAUCUUGUUUCUGGAGCUUUAGUAUCACAGUUCAAGGCCCAUACGAGUCCUAUCUCAGCACUUUGUUUUGAUCCUAGUGGAACUCUAUUGGUUACUGCUUCAGUGUGUGGGAACAAUAUCAAUGUCUUUCAGAUCAUGCCAUCUCGUUCACAUAAUGCACCUGGUGACCUAAGUUAUGAGUGGGAAUCUUCUCAUAUGCAUCUUUUCAAACUGCAUAGAGGAAUCACUUCAGCUAUUGUCCAGGACAUUUGCUUUAGUCAGCAGAGUCAGUGGGUGGCUAUUAUUUCAUCCAAGGGUACUUGUCAUAUUUUCGUUUUAAACUCGUCUGGUAGCGACGCUGAGGGUGAGGAGCCUACCCGACUUCCAGCUUCAUCCUUGCCAUGGUGGUUUACUCAAUCGUUGUCAAAUAAUCAGCAGUCUUUACCGCCACCACCAGCUGUUGCCCUUUCUGUUGUAAGCAGAAUAAAGUAUAGCAGUUUUGGGUGGCUUAACACAGUAAGCAAUGCUGCUACUGCUGCAACUGGAAAAGUUUUUGUACCAUCGGGUGCCGUGGCUGCUGUUUUUCAUAAAUCCGUCACUCAAGACCAUCAGCUGAAUUCCCGGACUAACGCGUUGGAGCAUAUCUUAGUCUAUACUCCAUCAGGCCAUGUGGUGCAGCAUGAACUUCUGCCAUCAGUUUGCACAGAAUCACCUGAAAAUGGUUCGACAGUGCAAAGAACAUCACAUGUUCAAGUUCAGGAAGAUGACUUGAGGGUCAAAGUUGAGCCUAUUCAGUGGUGGGAUGUAUGUAGAAGGUCUGACUGGUUGGAGACUGAGGAACGACUUCCCAAAAGUAUCACUGAAAAGCAAUAUGAUUUAGAGACAGUGUCAAAUAACUUGACAAGCCAUGAGGUUUCAUGUCUUUCCCUUGACAUCAACAGCCAUUUUGGUGAAGAUAAGUACUUGAAAAGUUGUUCUGAGAAGCCCCCUGAAAGAUCACAUUGCCAUCUUUCUAACUUUGAGGUAAAGGUAACCUCGGGGAUGCUACCAGUGUGGCAAAAUUCAAAGAUUUCUUUUCAUGUUAUGGAUUCUCCAAGAGAUAGUAGUUCCACUGGUGGAGAGUUUGAGAUAGAAAAGGUUCCGGCUCAUGAACUUGAAAUAAAACAGAAAAAGCUGCUGCCAGUUUUUGACCAUUUCCACAGCACCAAAGCAACAUUGGAAGACAGGUUUUCCAUGAAAUGUUAUCACACAUCCGCAUCGGGAUCUCAUCAAGCUAAUGGAAAAAUAUGCCAAGAUAUUAUCAACUGUCACUCUAAGCCAGGAUCAGUCGAGUCCGCCGAAAGUUCUGAAGAGGGUUCAACGAAACAGAUGGAGAAUCUCCGUGAUUCGGAUCAUAUGAACAACUCUUUCAAGUCUUCUUUAGCCCUUUACCCAACAGUGAAUGGGAUCUACAAGGAAAUAGAGAAGAACAACACAAAUGGGUGGAUUGAGAAACCCGUAACAGCCAAUCUCUCUACACUCAAAGAAACCAGGACCACAAAUGGCUUUACCACACCACCGAUUCACACCGAUAGUAUUGUCAACGAACAGAUACUCUCUACAGGAAAACCUUCUAUGGGCUUUGGUUUUGCUUUGAAUGAGGAGCACUGUAAAGCAGUAGCAGAUCCAAAAGAAGAACACCUGAAAAAGAAGUUAGAUGAAGUUACUAAUGGCCAUCAUCUAAACGUCAACAACAACACAGAGAAACUACAAGGAGACGAAAUGGUAUAUGGUAUGGUUUCCUUUGUAGGAGAUUAAAUCUCUCUCGGAACCACAAUCACGGCCUCGAGUCUCUCUACGGUAAAUAGUUCAGAAGUCCUGAAGGCUUCUGGAGUUUGUAUAUUAUAUAAAAAAUUCCUCCGAGUUGGUGGUAAUAAUUUCCUGCCCCUUUUCUUCUUUUAUAUAAGAUAUGGCUGCGCAAAUAUGCCAAAAAUUAUGUACAUUUUUAUAGAUGGGAGUUUGGUAAAUAUGGGUGUCGUUGGGGCGUGGUUGAAAACCUUGAACGGAAAAGAAAAUGAAUAUUUUCGAAUUUG